GCGGAUCGCAACUUCGUGGGCGCCAAGUUGCGUGUCACCGUUUUUUCGAAGCCUUAUAGCUCAGCGACAGGGCUAAAACGGAAAAACUCUAGAAAAUACCAGUAGGUGAGGUGAGACAGGCAGCGAAAGAAGCGCGGCAAGGCGAAGCGCACCGGGAGCGAGGGGUAAAAUCGUCCGGUCAGACGGGGUCAGGCGAUUCCCAGGCUGUCGAACGACGGUGAGGAUUUUUUUUUCUCAUGUAGGCAGAUGAGAAGGUGAAGGCCGUUUGGAAGGCUGCGAGGCUCCAGGUUACUCUUUCCUUCAGUAUUGGGGCAUCCUAGUGGUGAAGUUUGUUUAUUUAUUUUCAUAAGCCACAUGCACACAGGUGUUUGGCGAUCCGCCUCCGGAGGGCAAAAACAGAAGAGAGGUCAAAUAAAAGAGAGGAGUAAGCAAAAGGAACAAGGGAAAAAAAAUCAUCUUUGGAACCAAAAGGGUCCUCGGGAAGGCGCAAGGCACGACGGUUCUGGUCUUGCCCGUACCUGCCUAUCGUCAAGGACGUCGAGGACGGCAUCUCACCACCCACCUCGACCCGCUACCGCCUCUCUCUCCCUCUCUCUCUCUCUCUCAUCUUCAACCCUCCAGUCUUUUGACCCUUCCACCUCCCACUUCCCACUUCCCGUCUGAUUGCUCGGCGCAAUCCCAUAUCUCACCACCUCACCUCCUACGGCGAAUAUCGAUUUUCUUCCGAACAUCACGCGCUUCCAGAGUCUCGGUCAGACCGUCAACAUUAGAUCACUCACACCUCCUUCGUUUCGCAUCAAGGAGGCAAAUCCAAGACGAAAAGGUCCGCAGUGGCAUCUCCUUCCCGCAGGUAAGUAUGCAGCACUUUGUUGUCAUUUUUCUCCUCCUUCUCAUUUCGAGGCUUGGUGGCGCUUCCGUUUUGUGCUAUUUUUCGCGAAUAGCCUCUUUGGUUGCUCAUUUACCCUGAACCUUCCUUCCUACCUACGUGUCCAAUCCUUCCCAUACACUCCUGGGGACUCUUCACAUUCACAAGCUUUAUGGGCGGGCGCACAGAGAAAUUUCGCAGGCGAGGUGUGAGUGGCUCCCGAUAUUCAAUGCAAGUGUGUUGAGCUCAUGUCUCGUUUCCUUCUAUUACCCUUCAUGCGCCUCCAUCGGCGAGCUCACGUUUACCCACAAGAUUCCUGUUCAUUCGGUUGUGUUGUACUCAUUGCUCUACGAUGAGCCUGCUGGGCUGGUUUUUGGUCCAAUUUCAACGCUGCUUCUCUAGCUUGCCUAUCAUGUUUGCCUUGCUGAGCAAAUGGUAUCAAAGUAAAAAGAUUGCUGACCAUGAAAAGCAUAGUCGACUUCGAAGAGUCCAGGCACAUCAACCAAUCGCUCGAGCCUCAAACGACAUUGUUGCCCGAAGGAACUCUAGAUUUCUGCCAAGGGUCGCGCAGCACGUCAAAACUGUUCUCGCUCAUGGACUUGUGAUACAUCACCGGUUGAAAGAGCCUCCUAGCGCAGCAAUGGAGCAAGUCAACCACGACAAGGACGCCUGUGCGGCUACAGUUCUCAGCGUCUUCCCAGACAUAUGCCUUCAGUACCUGGAGGAGACAGCCGCCAAGGUCAACCAUAACGCCGACCAAACCAUCGAUACCAUUUUGGGUUCCACUGAGAAAAGCGGAUCGUACCCCAAAGCAUCCCGCCGCCAGAAAAGUCUUAAGCGGAAGCGUGAAGGAUCGGCUGAAGAAGAUGAUGAUGAUGAUGAGAAGGAGAAGGAAAACCUCCUCCGCCUCUAUGCUUACCCUGGCCGAGAGCGGGAAAGGGGAAAGCAGUACAUCUCCAGGUCGGAGGAGAUUUUGAAGCAUGAAUUCCCUCAUGUUAUUCAGAAGUGCGUCAUGAAGAUCUUUUACGACAAUGCCUGCAAACUACUGCCUACGUACCUUGCCGUGGAUAAAGCUGUUGAGGAUCUGAAGAACGGUGUUCAAGAAGGUCUCCCUUACGGCUUUGCACUCAAGAAGAGACCAACCCCACCAUCGGAUCGUAUAUUCGAGGGUACGAAAAUGCAUGAACUUCUCGAAAGGGCGACUCACGACGACAAGAGAGUUUUGGAAGAACUGGUGGCCGCCCGUCAAGUGCUGAUGGUUACCCGUAACAGGCUGGAAGCAGCUAGAUUCGAGGCUGCCAGAGAAGCUGCCAACUUUGAGGAAGCAAAAGUGACUGGCAGUUUUACGGACUGUGGCUGCUGUUAUAGCGAGUUCGCUCUCAAUCGCAUGGUCCGUUGCGAGAAUGACAACCAUUACUUCUGUCUCGAAUGCGCACGCCGCAACGCUGAAACAGUGGUUGGCCUCUCAAAGUAUGAGAUUACCUGCAUGUCCAUAGAUGGAUGCGAUUCUGGUUUCACUCACAAUGAACGCUCCAAGUUCAUCAAUAACCAACUUAGUCAAGCCCUAGAUCGCAUCGAAUCCGAGGCUAAUCUCCGCAUGGCUGGCAUUGACGGCCUGGAGACCUGUCCUUUCUGCCCUUAUGCCGCCGAGUAUCCACCGGUCGAUAUCAACAAGGAGUUCAAGUGCGAGAAUCCCGACUGCCAGGUGGUCAGCUGCCGGCUUUGCAGAGAAGAGACCCAUAUACCCAGAACAUGUGAUGAAGCUGCUGGGGACAGCGCAGAAGGUGCUCGGCGUCAAAUUGAGGAGGCUAUGUCCAGUGCGCUCAUCCGCAAGUGCAACAAGUGUGGCAUGGCGUUUGUCAAAGAAUCAGGGUGCAACAAGAUGACCUGUACAAAGCGUGGAUGUAGGAACGUCCAGUGUUACGUUUGUUCCAAGUCAUGCGACUAUGCCCACUUUGACGACCAGGCAAGAGGUGGACAGAAGGGCAAUUGUCCCCUCUUUGACGAUGUCAAUACACGCCACAAUGAGGAAGUGCAACAGGCCGAGGCAAAAGCCCGUCAAGAUAUUCUCGAGCGACACCCCUCGAUGAAGGCAAAGGAAGACCUUCUCAAAGUCAACUCGGGAGAACUGGCAUCGGCGGUCUCCAAGAACCCCCCAGCAGUGCGAGCUGCCUACGGACAACAGCUUCCACCGCAAAAUCCUCAGGCCCAGAUUGUCCCACCCGGGAUGAAUCCAGUCGUUGGCAUGCCCCUCGCCAACGCGGUCAGGCCUUUUCAACCUCAGCCGAUGAUGCCACAGCCACAGGCUCAUGCGAUAGUUCCGCCGGUUCCGCCGGCAAAUAUUGCUGCUGGAGUCGCGAAUCUGCAGUUGCAAAGGGGUCCGGUACAGGCUCAAUACCCUCAGGGCCAUAAUCCCAACCUGAUGCUCAAUCGGCAGCACCGCCCAAUCAUUGGACCCGCUUUCCCAAAUGCGCAACAUCCCAGAUUUCCCUACUUGCAACCAAUCCCAGUACCACCGCCGCCGGCGGGUCAACAGGGUCGGCCAGCGGUGUUCCACAAUCCUAACCCGCCUCGCGUGCUUUACCAGCCCGCAGCCCAAGCAGUGCCGAUGAUUGCGCCUCAGCCGCCGAUGAUCGCUCCUCAGCCUGCGAAGCAAGUAGUGCCAGCCAUCGCGCCACCCGGCCAGGCCAGACUCAAUGAUCCUAACUACUUGGGUUUCGAAGAGGAAUGGGGUCCAGAGUACGGAGAGCCUAGAGAGUUGAAGAGGCAGAAGUUUUGCGAUAAGAACGCCCAGCCGCUUCCCGACAUCUUGGCGAGACCGAACAUUGAUAAGAAAGCCGGGGAGCAACAGGCACCGCAACAAGCCGAGCAACCGCCUCAGCUGGAACGCGAAGCCAUGCGGCAGAGCCUGGUCGUUCUCCGAGGUCAACCUUACCGUGAAGAGCCCGUGCAGCAGGCCGGGGCCAAUUUGAUUGCAGCUCGAAUCGCAGCCGGCCCCAAUCACGGACUUGCAGAACUUGUGGCCAGCGUAGCGAAUCGAGAUAAUCAGCAUCCGGCACCCGUGAGUGAAGCCGCCCAACGGGCUAUAGACGCAGGUCGCGAAUUUCAACGACAGAUGUCUAUUCACCGUGCUUUUUACCGUGGCGGGGCGAAUCUUCCCGGAGGAAGCAGAGAACAUCCUAUCAAGAUGGACUGAUUGCCGUCUUCCGGGGUUCUUCCUAUUUCCGCUCUUACACAUUUUUCUUUACAGGAC